CUCAUGCGAUUCAUUCCUGGCUUCGGCCGAGGCUUCAGAAGGCAGGACGAUCGGCUGUCAAGUAAGAAAUUUAUCUGUGGUCUUCAGGAUAAGGCUUUAUUGACCCCUUUUUCCGUGACUAAAGUGCCUGCUUGAUGACCUCUCUGACCUCUGUGAUAAGGUGUUCUUUCAAGGUAAGAUUUGAUGAGGAAAUACAACGGGGUAUUCUUGACUAUCACACCGUCUCAAUGGAUUUUGAGAGUGACCUUUCGCAAUCAACAGAGUACAAAAGUUUCCGCAGUACUGUUCCUCUGAAACAGGUUGUUGUUGAUAAUGACGGUUUGAAGGUUUGGAAAUUAUAUGAUGCAGGACCUAGAGGGGUGCGAUGCCCCCUCAUAUGCCUCCCUCCUGUCAGUGGAACAGCAGACUGCUUCUACAAGCAGAUACUGCCCCUCACAGCAAGAGGAUACAGAAUCAUCUCAGUAAGCCAAGUAUCUGCUUCCCUAGGGGGGUUUCUGGCACAAAAAUUUGCAGAACAUACGGCAAACUGCCCAUUGCUUCUUCAAUUCUUCAUUGACACCAAGAUUUUCAACUACACUGAUUCAGCCCCUGUAUUCUGGAUGCUGCCAGCUACGUUGCUCAAGAAGAUGAUCAUAGGACGUUUCCCAAGGAAACUGAUGGACUCCCAAAUAGCUGAUUCUAUAGACUUCAUGGUAGAGAGAUUAGAGAGUUUGAACCAGAGUGAGUUGGCAUCCAGACUCACCCUCAACUGCUCUCCAGCCUAUAUUCAGCCACAGAAGGUUCAGGUGGAAGUAACGAUACUGGAUGUCUUUGAUGAAUCUGCCUUAUCACAAACUGUUAAAGAGGAGGUUUACAAGUGUUAUCCUUCAGCACGUCUAGCACACCUGAAGACUGGCGGAAACUUUCCUUUCUUAGCCAGGGCAGAUGAAGUUAAUAUAUACAUUCAGGUUCACCUUCGAGCCUAUGAAGGAACAGACAAAAGUGCAACUGAUUCAGGCACUCCAGUGGAACGAUAAAAUGAACGACAAAAAAUAUAUGACAAAUUUUAUAGGAAAUCACUUGUGACAAAAGUACAAGACAUAUCAGAUAUAUCAGUUUCCUAUGUAUUGGAUGUCAUUUUUAUUAUAGCUAAUAUUAAGAACAAAUUUCUAUUAGGAUUUUCUAUUGCUGUAUAUGUAAAGCUGUAUUGUUAUGCAAUUUUUUAUAUUAGUAGUCUUUCUAAACAUUUCAUAGUGAUGCGUUCAUUCCAUAGGAAAAGUAGACAAUGUUAAUUUUCUUAUUGGAAAUAGAAGAUAAAGAGUAGAGAUAUUUUUUCACCUUGGAUCGGGUAUGGGAUAUGUUAACUGUAGACAUGCAUUUUUUAAAUUCUACUUUUGUUAAGGAAAACUUCAAAAGAUUUGGGUCAUGCAUUUUGUUGGAGUGCUAACUGUAUCCUUUUUAUAUAACAGCAUUGAACAAAUGGUCACAGAAAAUGUAGUUAUGCAUGUUAGCAAAUGUUUUUUGUUGGGAUUGUUUUGUAAGAAAACUCAAAAGUAGUUUUGAGGUUAUUUUUAAUUAAGUCAAGAUGAAUCUCAUUUUGUGAUAUCCACUUCUGAAAAUAGCAUUUGAUGAAGUUAGCUUGAUGUUCUUAAUGUAAGUAUGCCCCAUGAUUUUGGUUAUGAGCUGACAUCUGUGAGUAAUCUGUUAGAAAUGUAUUGAUAUUGAAAGGUUUAUGUUUAAUAGAAAAUAAUGAAUGCAUUGUAAAGUGUUCUCUGGUAUUGAUUUGUAUCAAAUACAAGAGUUUCUAAUAUGGGGCUCAAUAUAUCAAAAUAACAGUGCAUCAUUCUGUAACAGAGAGGAGAGGAUGUGCAAUAUAAUAAUGGUUAGAUAAUUUUUGUAUGGGUCUUUAGGUGACAAAAGUAUGAAUAUUCAGCAGUAAUUAUGUAACAUGUAAUCAUAUUCCUACUGUUUGCUUAAAAUAUUUUGUUGCUUUUAUUGUAAAUAUUAAUCUUUUGAGUAUAUAUUUGUAUUUCCAGUGCAAAGUACAGUGCUGGUGAGGUUUAGGUGAAUCAUAUAACAAUAUCUUUGUAUUUUCCUUUAUAUUUUUGUUUCAGUUUCAGAACAUUUACAAGUUAUUUGGAUUUUUAAAAUCUAUUAUUAUCA